CUCUUUACCCAAAAGAAAGGUGCUUUCAUAUUAAAUCUCUCACACAAAUUAGUUUUAGCUUUACUGCCUAAAGUGGAACACAGAGUUUUAUAGAAAGACAAAAUUGAAACGGAAAGUGUUUUUUUUUUAAAGUAAAUUGUAAAAAAAAAAAAAAAAGGAACCUUUGCAAUCUAGAGAGAGCAAAGCAGAGCUGAUUAAGAUAUUUUUGCAGGUAACUGUAGCCACGAGCUAGCAUACGUUUCCUAGAGCCAUGAUGAUAAAAAAAAAAAGCUGAUUGAUUUCUCCAGUUGCUUAAAGAUCUGAGGCCUAAAGCUGAAAAAGAAACCUUUUUUCUUUUUCUUUGAGAUUUGUUUGUUCCCACAGAUUCUCUGACGCUACCUAAACCUUAAAGUUCGCCGCUUUAUUUGUUGCUGUUGCAAGAGAGCUCUUUUGAGGUGGAUCUGGAUUCUGGGUAAGGAUUCAAAAGCCCUCCUCUUUUGUGGUAUAUAUGAAUUAAAAUGGACCCGAGAAGUUGUUCGAAAUCAAUCAGUGUUUGUGAGAAUUCGAGUGAUGUUGUGCUUGAGGGUGGUGUUAAGGGUCAGACCAGUGACUCUAUCUCAAAAAAGGUGUUGAUUGAAGAAGAAACUGAUUCAAGAAUGGCCAAAGAUGGUGUUAGCUGCAGUAGUAGUAGUAACAUUUCUUCAGCUCAUGCUGUUCAUGAGGGAGUUGCGGAUAAUGUUAGUGCGGUAAGCUGCAACGAGGCAGAGAGUGAUACUUCAAAAGCAAAGGCGAAGAAGGAGUUCCACACGGUUGAUUUGAGUGGUGAAGGAGAAAGAAUCUGCAGGAUUUGUCAUUUUGGUUCAGAUCAAUCACCUGAGGUGGUGGCUACUGGUGAUAAUAAUAAGUCAGUAAGUCAGGACUUGAUUGAGAUUGGUUGCAAAUGCAAAAACGAGCUUGGCCUUGCACAUUUGCAUUGCGCAGAAGCUUGGUUCAAGUUAAGAGGGAACAGUGUAUGUGAAAUAUGCGGCUGCACAGCGAAGAACAUUACAGUAAGGUUGAUGGAGGAUUGGAGCGGCGAAAGGGACAAUACAUUGGAUGAGAGAAGAAGACGUGGAAGAGGACAAUCUUGCUGCAUCUUCAUGCUUUUCCUGCUCUCUAUCCUUUUGCUUCAUUGGUUUUUCAAAAAGUUUAGUGGUUACUACCAAAAUAAGUGAAUAAGUAUAUAAUAUAUGUUGGUAAUUUUAUUA